AACUGAGGCGAGCAGGGGUGAGCAGACCGUUCUCCCCCUCCUUCCUCUAUUGUUUUUCUCUCUUCCCCUCUUUUGUUUUUGUCGUAGGUCCAAUGUUUGGCCGGUUUCUUCUUUAGUUGCUAAAAUUGUCAAAUUUUCUCUGAAAAUGCCAUCAAAAUGGCAUUCUUACCCUUCCAAAAAAUUUGUGUUUCCCUUUGAAAAUGCCAUUAAAAUGGCAUUCUCGACUCACGUUGGCAUUCUGAAAAAAAUGAUGACAACAGUAGCUGCAGCGGCUAGAGAUGAAGUGGCGGUGGCCGGAUCUACACUGGUGGAGCCUGGAUCUGAGUCGUCGGCGAUCGGAUUUGCAGAGCCUGGAGUCGGCGGCUAGAGGCGGCCAGAUCUAUGGCUCCGGCGACCAGAUCUGCAACCGAAGUGGCCUGAUCUGCAAUGGCGACCAAUUUUGAGACCGCGGUUGCGGUCUGCGAAUAGCGGCGGCGGACGGCGAGCAGUGGCGGCAGCCGGCGGCGGCCGACAAGCAGCAACGGUCCGGUUGUGUCUGUGGCAGCAUGUUACCAAGCUUCAAGGGUAUCUCUGUCCAAUUACAAAUAAUAAAUUCUAUUUAGGGAAUUUUUAAACUUUAAUCCUAUUGUGAAAAUUAAAGAUUCAUUUACUCCCAUUUAGGGAAUUACCUCAAAUUUUAACAGUACCUAUAUUGCGUAUCAUUUUAAAAA